UUCUAGCCGGAUGUAUACGAGUGCAGCGCAUUUUCCGUGACGGCGGCACGCCAUUGUAUGAAUUCGCUUUCUUUCAGCCCUUUAAUUAAAAAAAAAGAAAAGCUUUCCGAGUUCAGCGCCAAGUUGUAGAAUCCAGAGACGUUUAUCUUAAAGCAGAAAUAUUUGAAUUAUAUUUACGGACAUGGCUACGGAUUCCUGGGCUCAGGCUGUGGAUCAACAAGAAGCUGCAGCUGAGUCGAUAAGCACCCUUCACUUAAAUGAAAAGGAAGACAAACCAAAAGACAAACCAAAAGCAGAGCAAAAUGGUGCAAAGGCUGCGGGUGAAGGAGGGAAGACUGAGGAGGAAGAAAAAGAGGACAAAGCGGCUCAGUCACUGUUGAACAAGUUGAUACGAAGCAAUCUCGUGAACACCACCAACCAAGUGGAAGUUCUUCAGAGGGAUCCGAACUCUCCGCUUUACUCUGUCAAGUCGUUUGAGGAGCUGCGUUUGAAGCCUCAGCUACUUCAAGGGGUUUACGCCAUGGGUUUCAACAGACCUUCUAAAAUCCAAGAGAAUGCCUUGCCCAUGAUGCUUGCAGAACCCCCACAGAAUCUUAUAGCGCAGUCUCAAUCUGGUACGGGUAAAACUGCUGCCUUUGUCCUGGCCAUGCUUAGUCACGUGGACCCCAGCAACAGAUGGCCUCAGUGCCUGUGUGUGUCGCCUACAUACGAGCUUGCCCUCCAGACGGGCAAGGUCAUCGAACAGAUGGGCCAAUUUUACCCUGAAGUCAAGUUGGUGUAUGCCAUCCGAGGAAACAAAUUGGAGAGAGGGGUGAAGCUCCAGGAGCAGAUUGUGAUUGGCACCCCUGGCACAGUCCUGGACUGGUGCCAAAAACUCAAAUUCAUCGACCCAAAGAAAAUUAAAGUGUUUGUUCUGGACGAAGCAGACGUCAUGAUCGCCACACAGGGUCACCAGGACCAAAGCAUUCGCAUCCAGAGAAUGUUGCCCAAAAGCUGCCAGAUGCUCUUGUUCUCAGCCACGUUCGAGGAGUCUGUCUGGAACUUCGCCAAGAGGAUCAUCCCUGAUCCAAACAUCAUCAAACUGAAGAGGGAGGAAGAGACUCUGGACACCAUUAAGCAGUAUUACGUGGUGUGCAACAGCAAGGAGCAGAAGUUCCAAGCCCUGUGUAACAUCUAUGGUGCCAUCACUAUCGCACAGGCCAUGAUCUUCUGUCAUACCAGGAAAACGGCUGGGUGGCUAGCAGGAGAGCUGUCAAGGGAGGGCCACCAGGUGGCGCUACUCAGUGGUGAGAUGCAGGUGGAACAGAGAGCAGCAGUUAUCGAUCGUUUCCGCAACGGCAAAGAGAAAGUUCUGGUCACUACGAACGUCUGUGCCAGAGGUAUCGAUGUGGAGCAGGUCUCUGUGGUUAUUAACUUCGAUUUACCCGUGGAUAAGGACGGAAACCCUGACAACGAGACGUACUUGCACAGGAUCGGGCGCACAGGGAGAUUUGGCAAGAGAGGGCUAGCAAUCAAUAUGGUGGACAGCAAGUUUAGCAUGAGCAUUCUCGAACGCAUUCAGGAGCACUUCAAUAAGACAAUCGAAGAACUGGACACGGACGAUCUGGACGAAAUCGAGAAAAUAGCACACUGAGGAGAGGGACGCAUUUCAGCAGUGGUUUUAUUCCUUGGGCUGGGAUUAAAACUACUCUGGAGCAUGUGCAAAUGUCUUAUUUUAGUUUUUCUUAUUAUAGGUUUUAAUGUUACUGAUUAAUGUUUCACUCGGACGUUACCGGCGUUUUGUGCUUCUUAAUAAAAACCGAAUGUUCAGGCUA